CUAUAAAUAGGAUAGGAAGCUACAAUGUCGAUAUCAGUUCACUGCAACCAAGCGGUCUAUUCAGUUAUUCAACCUAACGUUCGAAUCAAACCAACUUCACCAUGAAAUACUUUGUAGCAGCUUUGUGUUUUGCUGUAAUUUGCAGCGUUGCUGCCGUUACAGAUGAACAACGACAAGUUGCCGAUAAGGUAGCCAAAGAUUGUGCCAGUGAAAAUGGUCUAAGUGCUGACGAAGUGCAAAAAAUUCGCACCAACCCCAAGAGCCAAGUGUCCGAUCCAAAAGCACAGAAAUUCGGCAAAUGUUUCCUCACCAAAUUGGGCUUCAUCGAUAGCAAAGGCGAUUUCCAAGAGAAUGUAGCCAUCGAAAAGUUGUCAAAAGGUGAAGACAAAGCUAAAGUUGAAGAGAUCGUCAAGCAAUGCAAAUCAGUCAUCGGUGAUAACAAAGACGAAAACCCAAUCAAAUUGUACGCAUGCUAUUUGGAAAAGAAGGCUUUAGCUUAAAUCUGCUCGAUUCAUUCCAAACAAUUAACACAUUCGAAAUUGUCGAGAACAAACAGUGUCGAUACGAUUUAGCCAUAAAAUCUAAUAAAUUAUUCAAAAUUCAAAACUA